GGCCACGCAGUGUGCAGGAGCCAUCAGUCGUCCAUUACCACAAGUCUCUCUACUGCAUUAUAUUGCACCAGAUCUGCACCAGGAAGCUAACAAGAAGAAGAUCAAAUUAUCACAUAGAGAUAAUGGCAACAAUGUCCAAGGCCGCCAUCCUCGCCGUCGUGGUUGCUCUGGCGGUGCAGCUCGCCGCCGCGGCGGACCACCCCGUGGGAGGCGACGGCUCCUGGGACGCCAGCGGCAACGGCUACGACGCCUGGUCCGCCAAGCAGACGUUCAAGCAAGGCGACACCUUGUCGUUCAAGUUCGCGUCGUCGCACGACGUCACGGAGGUGACCAAGGCCGGCUACGACGCCUGCUCCGGCGGCAGCAACGCCGUCAAGUCCUACACCGGCACCAGCGCCACCGUGAAGCUGUCCGCGCCAGGGAAGCGCUACUUCAUCUGCAGCGUGCCGGGCCACUGCGCCGCGGGCAUGAAGCUCGAGGUCACCGUCACCGCGCCCGCGCCAUCGUCCAAGAGCAAGCCCCGCCACCAGAGGAGCGUCGCCCCGACCCCGGCACCCGCGCCGGCCACCGACGGCGAGCUGCCCAACGUGGCCUCGCCCGACGCCGCGCCGUCCCCCAAGUCGUCGGACGCCGCCACCAUCGCCAUGCUCGGAGGCAAGGCUGUCGUGGGGCUCGCUGUCGCCGUGGCCGCCGCCUUGGCCAUGUGAGAGCGAGUCGUGACAUGCAUGCAUGAUUUUUGCAGAUAAAUAUAUACAGCCCAUUCAUUAUUGCAUUGUGCGGCGCACCGACGGUUGUUGCUGAGAAGUUUGUUGACAGCCUUGACUUUUGAUUCGAUUACUAUAUAUAUGUACUAGUAGUACAUUACUACUUAUUAGUGUAUACAAUGUAUUUGUUGUCACUGUUGUUCGAAUAAAAUUAUCAUUAUUCUUCAAA